AUGAGUCGGACACCAACUUUGCCCUUAGUCUCACUGUCUAGUACCACCACCAGGUCAAGUUGCAACGUGGAAUCACAAUCAACAACGCACUCACAUACCUCAUUAGAACCCAGAGAAGCGACAGAUUCAGCAGAGUUGUCAGUUUCGUUAGGUACAUUGGAACCUUCGAAUUCGUUGUCUCCGUUGUCUCCAUUGUCUCCAAAAGAUGAGAGUCAUGCAAAAUGCUCAAGAGGUUCUAUUGCUACAAAUGUAAACUGUGUGCAACCAGCACCAAACCAAGAGUUGAUUGACUGCAUAAAUGACACGGUCUUUAUAGAGCUGAGAAGGAACCAGAGACACGGUUUUGCAAGCCCCAAUUUUCCAGUGGUGUUGAAAAUACACUGUCCAAUGGAAAAGAAUCUGGAACAACAUAUCAGAGAUCUCGUUGGACAGCAUGCUAAAUUGAACAUAGGGGAGGAGCAAAUUGGCAGUGAUGGGGAGAAAGUGUUCAUUAUUGAGUUUAAAAGCAAAAGCAGUUUGGAAAAUUUGAUUUACCAAUUAUACGAAGAUAAUUUGCAAUUUAGCUUGGACUAUUCAAAGUUUAUCUCGCAUCCAGGUAUAUUGUUCAUCAAGAACUUGUCAAGUGAGAUUGUAUUUGAUGGUGGAAAAAUGGACUCGAUGACUUUAAACAAAACAGAGCUCGAUGAGAAAGGUGUUGUGUCAAAGAACCCUUUAUACGAAUUUUUGAAUGGCAAGUGCCAUUUCAAGUCAUUGCAAGAAGUGAAGUUGUUUCGAAAUGGUGUACCACAAAGAAACCUGCCAUCGUCGUCAUCCUUUUCUUCAUCUUCAUCUUCCUCUUUUUCAUCAUCAUCAUCAUCAUCAUCAUCAUCAUCAUCGUCAUCGUCAUCGUCAUCGUCAUCGUCAUCCUCCUCCUCCUCUUCCUCUUCAUCCUCGUCCCCAUCGUCGACAGAGUCGGCCGACUCGGUACAUAUUGUUUCCUCGGCAUUUGCUAUAGUCAAGUUCUCCAACUACCUUGAUGUCGACAUGCUAAUAGAAAAAUACCACAAGUUGACACCAAAUACAUUCAAUACCAAUCCACAGGUUCCAUUGUUUCUUAAUAGGUACCUUAACAAAAGAGAAAGGCUGGCUUCGUUUGCUGCGCAUACGCUAAAUGUAGCAGAACCAGGGAACAGAUUCUUUCCAAACAUUAAAAGAUUGAGCUUGCAACCGCCAUAUCCCCGAGCACAAACAAUUGCGGGCUGUCCUACAAUGAUGUUGAGAGGAGUUCAAUCAACUAGUAACAUGAAUAAUGACCAUUUUGCAUUCAUCGUUGUCCAAAACUUGCACAAGUUUUUUCCCACCGAAACUGUGUCGAUGUUUGACUUUGAAAAGUUCUUGGAUGUUUUUAGAAGCUUUGGUAAUGUUAUUGAUUCCAUAUAUUUUCCAAUUUUGAUUAAUGAAAGGGCAAGAGACAAAGGUAAAGAGCAAGAGAUGGAAAAAGAUAAGGUCAAGGAAAGGAUUGUGCCAUCUUUGACAGACAAAAGUUUCAAAGUCUCUGACUUUGGAUACAUUCGUUUUAGACACAAUCUGAACCUUAAUGAAAAUACAUUGAGGAUACUUUACUAUCUCAAUGGCUUGACUUGGCUGGAGUUUAAGACAAUUGAUAUUCAUUGUUUGCCCCAGUUGAUGGACUUUGAAGCGGAACAAGAAGGAAAGAAUUCAAAGAUGAGGAGGGAAAGUGCUAAUUCUGAAGCUGAGGGUUCUUCUAAUGAAGCUAAUGAAGUCAAUGAUGGCAAUGAUUCUGAAUCUGUAAAUGGUUCAGCUACAGAUACAGGUAUAUCAAUAACCAUUGCUCAGCAUAAACAUAACCACUACUUGUUUUCCCUGGCAAACCAGUCUUAUCUCACUUGCAAUAUAUUGCAUGUUGCCGGAGCCAAACCAUUGCAGGUGAUAAAUGUUAACCCGCCCAACCCAAUGUACACCAUCAAUUCAUUUUUGCGUGCUGUAAACUACCAAGAGACAAAUUUGUACGUAAACAAUCUUCCGCAGAUUUUUCACAAUGACGAUGUCACUUGGGAAUCAUUUUGGCUGCAAUUCGGCUCUAUUAAAUCGGCAAAGAUCAUCAAGCCUCAGUUUUACGCGCAGCAAGGUAAAGAAUGUAGCGAGUCUUUUUCUGGCACUGGUGCUUCUGCCAACACUAUUUCCAGCAAGACUAAUACUGCCGUUGGUGGAGACAACGAAGUCAAGGAUAUACCAGACGACUUGAAGAAACCUGGUAAAAUAGGGUUUGUGUUUUACAAGACUUUCAAGAUGUCUAUUAGGGCAAUUCUUGCGACCAACAACAAAGUUGUUCAGAUGCGUCAGCACCAUUUUGCUCCAAUUGUCAUACAAUCGUCAUUUGCAAUUCAGAAAUCUUCUCCACAUGUUACCAGCAACAUUGAUUCUUCUUCUUCUUCUGUUGCUGCUGCUGCUGCUGCUGUAGCGCCAAGUCAUUUUGCAAAUAAUGAUUUUUUGAACACUUAUAGUAAGGCGCAGGUUACUCCUUAUUUGAAUUACAUGGGGUCACCAACUGGGCCAUUUUUUCCACUCCCUGCAUCAGCUCCGCCAAGUGUGACAGUGGAAACUUUUAACAGCAAUAAAAGGGACGAGGCAAGGGCCAAUGUUAAUGCCAAUGCUAAUGCUAAUAUGAUUGCUUCUCAAGCGUAUUACACUUUCCAGCCAAUGAUGCACUAUUAUUAUGGGUAUCCUAGCCCUUAUAUGUAUGGAGCAGCUCCGCUGCAAUGUAUUAAUAGUGCACCUGCUUCUACUACAUCGACCAUGGUGAAAUCUCCAGCACCAUUUUCACCAAGUUACUCCGGGAAAUUUACUAAUGGAAUGUCGCCAUCAGCACCGCAAGUAUCACCUAUCGCAAUGGCAUUCCAUUCGGGUAUGCUGCCAGUAAAUGGAGGCCCUGUUGGUCAAGCUAUCGAUCAAAAACCUAAUGCAAAAACUAAUACAAAAACUAUUGCAAAAAAUAUAUCAGACACUCGCGCGCGUGGGCGUGGCUAUAACCAUGGACAAUUUGCGCAAUAUGUUGUUCAGUGA